CAUUCUCCUCAGCACGACCAAUGUCUCCGCGUUUGCGCAUACCCACGCGCCAAUGGCGCUGUCUAAACUCGAAUAAAAAUCUCGCCAUUAAGUUUCAAUGUCGAUAUGCAUCGGUGGCCACAACGCCGGCGCCUGCGAUCCACGAGAACUCCGAUGUCGACCCUCCACAUAUUCAACGCUUCCCUCCUACGCAGCCGCCCUCACACAAGCCGCCGUACAUGCGGAAGACGCAAUUGCAUCGACAGUAUCAGUCUCUGUUGAAGACAACGCCGUUGAUGCUGAUAUUCCAACACAACAAUCUCACCUCGAGCGAGCUAAACGGCAUCAGGCGUGAGCUUGCAGCUGCUUUGAGGAAGGUCGACGAGGCAGAGGGCAAGGCAUUCGCGGAUUCCAUCAAGCUGCAAGUCAUUCAGACGGGUCUAUUCGAAUCAGCGCUGCAGGUUGUCGAGUUUUACGACCCUGCGAACCCAAUCAAGCACACCAAACCUCCUCCAACCGAAAUUCCAAACUCGAAGCAGUACAAGAAGAACGGCCCCGUGCCAAGCAAGUUCGACCCCCAGUUCAAUCAUGGACUGUCGGAAAUGGCGUACCAGACGGCCAGGAAUGCAAGGAAGAACAAGCGCCAGCUGAGCGAACUUGCACCGCUCCUGAAAGGACCGCUCAUGCUUCUGACGUUGCCGACGAUGUCGCCUGCGUACCUUAAAGCGGCGCUUACGAUCCUUUCCCCUUCAGAAAAAUUCCCAGCCCCGAAGAGGAAGGUGAAGCCGACACUGUACGAACCUGCUGUGCAGAGUGGAAUUCAGAAAUUGAUGCUCUUGGCGGCUAGAGCAGAAGGGCGAGUGUUCGAUAGUGACGGUGCCAAAUGGAUAGGCGGCAUCGAGGGCGGCUUGACGGGAUUGAGGUCACAGCUCGUAGCGUUGUUGCAACACUUUGGCAUAGGUGUUACAAGCACAUUAGAAGCUGCUAGCAAGAGUUUAUAUUUCUCUUUGGAAAGCAGGAGGGGAAUGUUGGAAGACGCAGAAAAUCCAAAGCCAAAAGAGGAGUCAUCAAGUCAGUAGAAUAUGUAGAACCAAUCAUGUAUAAACAUUUUGCUCUUUCCAACAUCAAAUUCAUAAUAG